AUGCAAAUAUCGGAGCUACGAACUUCUGAUAUAGUCCGAGCGACUUCAACGGGUACAAAAUUCUGCAUUAUCGCUUUGGCUUUGCUCGGUCUGGUGGCCGCCGAUGUUAGUCACCUGCUUAACGUGGGACAAAACUCUGGCUACAGUUAUGGCAGCUCCGCCUCCUCCUCCUCAUCCUCGUCUGCCUCAGCAGUGCUGCCUGGUGGAGACUCGAGCAGCUACCAGCCUGAGCAUUUGAUUCCUCAGAAUCUGCAGGUUGCUUCUGCUCAGAUCGUUGCCGGAGGAGAUUCGAGCAGCUACCAGGCAGCUCAUGUGCUUCCCCAGAGCCAGGUUGCUUCUGCCCAGAUCAUUCCCGGUGGAGACUCGAGCAGCUACCAGCCAGAGCAUUUGAUUCCCCAGAAUCUGAAGGUUGCUUCUGCGCAGAUCGUUGCCGGAGGAGAUUCGAGCAGCUAUCAGACAGCUCAUGUGCUUCCCCAGAGCCAGGUUGCUUCUGCCCAGAUCAUUCCCGGUGGAGACUCGAGCAGCUACCAGCCAGAACAUUUGAUUCCCCAGAAUCUGAAGGUUGCUCAAGUGGGAUUAGCCUCAGCCGCUGUGGAGACAGAGUCGUACAACAUUGGAGCUGAUACCUACACACCGGAACAGUUCAUUCCUGAGGCCGAUCGCAUUGCACAUGCUGCCUACGGCCAGCAGCAGCAGCAGCAGCAGCAGCAAGCGCAAGUUGUCAUUGGUGCCAAUACCGUCACGCCUGCCCAGCUGUACCAGGAGCCCACAUCCAAUGGCAUUGAGGAGCUCAACACUGAGGCGCGCCUGCCCGUUGCAUACACCGCAACGAGUGCCUCUUCCAGUGGCGCCGCCAGCUUUGGCACACAGUACGGCUCCAACGGCGGCUAUGUUUACUAA